CAUGCUCACAAAACCAAGUCCUCUGAGUUGAAGAAAAUGCUUAUUCAUCAAAAAGAUGGCACUAGAGAUAGAAUGGUAUGACAUAGUGUGCUUUGGUAUUGUUUGUGUGGCCUUUGUAGGUGCAUUAUGGGUGCUGUGGAUGAAUGAAGGUGCCUCCAAUAGAGUUUUUGAGAGCAUGUAUGAGAGCCUUCUUGUGACUCAACCUGACAAUGAAGUUGUUGUGACCGUUUUGCCCUCUGGCCAUGUUAGCACCUCUCAGUUAUGGACCAGUUGUUGGGUUGGAUUGAACCCUUUCUGGCUCUUACUCACACGUUUCCUUUCGUUUGUGAUCAUGGUUCUUUUCUUAGCCUGGGAUGUUGUCACGUACGAUGCAACCAUCUUUGUUUACUACACUGAGUGGACUUUCACAUUGGUCAUCAUAUAUUUUGGGAUGGGGACCAUGGUUUCUGCACAUGGAUGUUGGAAUUUUUGUAGCAAAGCAACCAUUGACAGUGUGAAACAAACAAAUGGUUCUGUUAAGUUAGAAAGCCGCUAUGCAAAAGUGGAGUUUCAACAAAGAGCAGGUUUCUUGGGUUACCUAAUGCAAACCACAUAUCAGACAUGUGCAGGGGCUGUGAUCCUAACAGACGUUGUAUUUUGGGUUGUUAUAGUCCCAUUCUUAUCUAUAUCUCACUUAAGACUAAACAUGUUGAUGGGUUGCAUGCAUGCUUUAAAUGUAGUUUUCCUCUUCUUGGAUACAGCUCUGAAUAAUCUCCCAUUUCCUUGGUUUAGAUUCUCAUAUUUUGUAAUAUGGAGCUGUGGUUACAUUAUUUUCCAAUGGGCCAUCCACGCAUGUGGUUUUCCAUGGUGGCCAUACCCAUUUCUUGAGCUAAAUAACAAGUGGGCUCCUCUCUGGUAUUUUUGCUUGGCGGUAAUUCACAUACCCUGUUAUGGAGUGUAUUUCUUGAUUGUGAAAGCCAAAAAUACACUUCUUUCCAGAUUGUUCCCUCAUGCAUUCUUCAGGCCAAACUAGUUCGAUUAUAGUUGGGGAUCUUAUGCAAUCGACUCUUGCACAAGUAAACAUGAUAGGUGUUUCUUUCUUGCAAUUUAUUAUCAUGCAAAACUCACGAACACCUUUAGAGGAAAAAAUGGAUAUUAAAGUUGUAAUUUGAUAACUAUGGCUGGUUAAACACCUAUGAGGCAUGG